GAAAGAGACAUUUAAAAUAUGGUCAAAGGUGAAUUUCAAAAAUGAGUUAAAGAUCGAAAAUGCAGCAAACGAGAUAAUAUGGAACAACUCACCCAUCAUACAGAGACAAUGGGGAACUUAUGAAUUUCAACCAAGUAAAACAAAAAUAUGAUAUAACUGGAAAUAAUUUCUUAUACCUACAUGGUAUAAUACAAGGUAUUCCACAAGAAUGGAAGCGAAAUAUACAAGUUGAAAAUCCACAUAAUCAAAAUCUUUAUGAGAGAUAUUUAGACAGUGGAUCACAGAAUAGCUUCAUGUACCACCAAUUUACCAAGUCAGUGAAAUGUAAACCAGACAAGACACAGGCGAAAUGGAUAGAGAAAUUGGAUAACAACAUUGACAUUAACUGGAAACAAGUGUACUUAUUAACAAAAACAAUCACAAACAACGUGAGACUACAGUGCUUCCAAUAUAAAAUGCUGCACAGAGCGCUUUACUUUAAUAAUCUAUUAGUUAAAAUGCAUAAAAAACAAUCCUCGCUGUGUGACAUUUGUAAACAAGAUAAAGAUUCAAUUGAACAUGCAUUCAUCUAUUGCAACGACACUAAACUUUUAUAGCAGUCCUGCUUUAAUAUAUGUGAGGUGAAUCCCAACAAUAAAGAUUUCAUUCUCGGCAACAAUAGACUACUAAAAUCUGAAAACCUACUUUACCUUAAGAUGAAAUACUACAUAUAUAAAACCAAACUAGCACAAGAA